AUGGAUUCGCCUGUUGUCGCACAUAUUUUCCGGCAGCUAUUUCGGCAUAAAGGGUGCCGGAUCCGCCAUGCGCAUGUUUGUAUGCGCUCCAGCAACCCAAUUCAGGCUCGUUCCCGAACGCAUCAACAAUGCCGCUCCUAUGCCACUAAACCGACCCUCAAACGACGAACACUGGAAGACCCUACCUUCUGGAAACACAGGACAGAUGAUUUCCCAAGAGACAUGUCCAAGGAGUUGCAGGAGUAUCCGAUGGUAACAUCCACAGAUUUACAGUCACGACAUCAUCGACCAAGGCGUGUGAAGAUGCUGGCUAGGGACUUUAUCGAGGAUAGUUUGUAUAAUCCCAAUUAUGGCUACUUUUCAAAGCACGCGACCAUUUUCAAUCCGGGCGAGCCGUUUGAUUUCAACAGUAUGGCUGACGGGCCCGAAUUCAACCGAUUGUUAGGCCAGCGAUACAAGGAGUUUGAGGACAAGUUGGAUGCGGUGAAAUAUGAUGAGAGUCGUCAACUAUGGCACACACCGACAGAGCUAUUUCGGCCGUACUAUGGGGAAGCAAUUGCCCGAUAUCUUGUGACAAACUACAAGUUGACUCUGUUUCCCUACCACGACCUGAUAAUAUAUGAGAUGGGAGCCGGAAACGGGACUCUGAUGCUGAACGUAUUGGAUUAUAUACGAGACGUGGAUCUAGAGGUCUAUCAACGCACCAAAUUCAAAAUCAUCGAGAUUUCUCCCUCACUUGCGAAACUGCAACAGAAGAAUCUGAAAAACUCUAUACACAGCAGCGGCCACAGGGGCCAUGCGGAAAUCAUAAACCAGUCCAUAUUCGACUGGAAUACCUAUGUCCAUUCACCCUGUUUCUUCCUUGCGCUCGAGGUGUUCGAUAACUUCAGCCACGACGCAAUCCGUUACGAUCUAGAAACUGGACAACCAAGACAGGGUUGCGUGCUCAUCGACCCAGACGGUGAAUUUUACGAAUAUUAUAUCCCAUAUCUCGACCUAAUAGCUUCGAGAUACCUUCGAGUCCGUAAAGCUGCUGCACGACGACCAUUCUCUACGCCCCUUCGCUCCCCGCUUGCCAGAAAGAUUCAAGCUGCCCUCCCAUUUGCACCGAACAUGACGUUACCAGAAUACAUACCUACUCGCCUAAUGCAGUUCUUCGAUAUCUUGCAUGAUUACUUCCCCGCCCACCGACUCGUUACCAGUGACUUCAAUAGCCUUCCCGACGCAGUGCCGGGCUACAAUGCCCCUGUCGUUCAAACACGAUAUCAGCGUACCACCGUUCCGGUUUCCACUCCAUUUGUCCACCAAGGCUACUUCGACAUCUUCUUCCCCACAGACUUUAACCUGAUGGAAGACGUCUACCGAGCCAUCACCGGUAAAUUGACGCAGGUAUCCAGUCACGCUGAUUUCCUCGAACGCUGGGCAUAUGUCGAGGACACAGAGACGCGCAGCGGCGAGAACCCGCUGUUGAAUUGGUAUAAAAAUGCUAGCGUCAUGACUACGACCUGA